AUGAAAUCAGUCUAUUUUCUUUCCCUCUUGGCCGCUUUGAUAUUCACUGACCCCACACCAGCCAAUGCCGCUCCUCUCGAAAAAUGUUGUCCUAUUUCUAGAUGUGUGUUUACACAAGGCGACGUUCCCGUGAAUUCGCCCGGAUUUACUGGCAACACAUUUAACGGGUAUCUCCAAUUUGUGCAAUCGCCCAAAACCGUUUUGCAAAUCGAUGGCUUUAUAAAUAUUGAGGGAGCAAUAAACGGAGCAAUUGACGGUACCUUUGAUCUUCAUGUGGCCAAUUGCAGCACGGCCAGCACCGAACAACCUGGAGACCCUGCCACCAUCGACUUGGACUCUGAGUCUUUCAACACGCCAAUCCUCACAUCGAGAAGUCUAUCAAUCAACAAAAUCGCAGGCCAAUGUUGCUUUGUCGUAGAAGAGUUUGCAUCAAUUGGGGGAUCAGUUCCUCGUAACGAGAGAAUUCUUGGAGUAGCAUCAGUAGAAACUGUCAUAGACUGCGUAAAUACUACUAACAGUGUCGCUCCCACUACUACCGCUACUAGCAGUACCGCAGAGACAUCGUAA